AUGCUUUCCGACUACCCCUACGCUCUUUACUGGCACCCCAAUGCCGCCCUCCACGGCAUGGACGGAUCCGUCUUCUCCUCGGCUGGGCUGCUGAAGACGGCGUGUGUUUGCUUGGCCUUGUUCUGGGUUGCAUUUCGUGCCUAUCAAGUCCUGUCGAAGCCCGUGGAGGAACUUGUCCAUCUGCUUGGUCUGGAGGUGCCAGUCGCGCCGGUUGUGUCCCUUGCUGGGAUCAAGGCGGAUGGCAUCUUGCUACACUGGAAGCCGCCGGAUUCGCGCUCGUCAAUCGCAAAAUACCUCGUGCGAAUCAACGGCAUAGACAUUGACGACCUAUCGCCGCUGGAAACAUCAGUCACAGUCACAGAUUUGCAGCCGGACCAUCACUACACAGUUCGAAUAGUUACAGUAAAUGCAGCCAGCUUCCAGGCCCCGAGCGUUCCCCUCCGCCUGAGAACUCUUCGCGCCGAUUCUGGACAAUAUUUCAACACUUCGCCCCACAAGGAAGAAAACAAUGGCGAUGAUAAGGAUUCCAACCCUGCGCCGGUUGUGCGGCCAUGCAAGACGUUUGGCGACGCCCAUAUCUCUCCACCGACCCCACCCCCGAUGGCACGCGAACAUAGCAACAGCCAAUCUCGCGUGAGGCGCGUUGAUGCUGCGCGAAGGAACUCUCCUGCUUCUCAGACUGCGGACCAAGCGCACAAUGCCCAAGAAUCCACCGCCGCCGAGACCUCCAUACAGCAGCUGACUGAACGAUUGGAGGCUCUUCGCCAGGAAGUCGACGACGUGGAACGGCAGAUCGCAGAUGAAGAGGAGGAAUUCCAAUGCACCAAGGCAUCGCUAAGCCAAAAGCGAGACGAAAAGAAAUAUGCGCUCAAGGAGAGGGAAGAUGCGAGUCGCGAUCUGAGAAAAGAGGUGGCAGGUCUAGAACGAGCUAAUACCGCCGCACAGGCGAGGAGGGCUACCCAGGAGAAGUCGCUGCAGCAGAAGGAAAACGAGAGAAGGAAACUGAGAAACGACAUUGUGCGAUGGGAAAACGAAAUCCAGGAAAUGCGGGCAGAGGCUGAACAGGCUGAGAAUGACCGUAUCGAAUACUUGAACACGUCGGAACAGAAGAUCAAGGAUUUGAAAGACAAACAUGACAAGGAAAUUUCAGUGAAUAAGAGCCUGGAAGAAGUCAUCCAUGAGAAGGGGAUCCAGAUUAAGACUCUCGAAGAGGAAAAGAAGAGAAUUGAAGGUGGCGAUGACGAGAAUGAGAACCCAGAACACACCCCAGCCGCCGAGGCUGAUGAAGACAAGAUGUGGAUGCAAACUCUGGCAGCUCUGCAGUCACGUUACGCGACCGCAUGGAACCUCUUCUCCGAGGCCGAGCGUGCUAAUCAAGAGGCCCAUCGUCGACUUCAGUAUCUUGAGCAACGCCGCGCCAGCCAACCGCAUCUAUUUUCUACCAUGCCUAUGGAAGGGCUUUCUGGGAGGAGAGGUAGCCGACGACGAACUGGCAGUCUUCGAAACGAGCUUAUCGCUUCAGCCGCACCGGCAGGAUUUGUUCCAACAACUGCACCCCCAUUUAACACCAGCAUCUCAAGCAUUUCCCCUUCUUUUGCCAAUCCUACACCUUAUUUCAACAUCAACAACGGUAUGGCGAUCCCGCUGGCGCAUACGUCGUUUUCACCAGCAGAGGUAGAAGCACUGACCGGUGGGGCACCGAUGAGUCCAACAGCUGGUGCCCUUCUCCCGUCGGGCCUUUUCGGGGAUGAUCUGGAAAAGGCCGACGUCGAUGAAGAUGAUGAACACAGCUCAGGUUCUGGCUUAUCAUCUCACAAUCCAACCAGCGGUUUCGCUCUCCCAGGAUUAGGUGCACCGCAAACACUAGAGCCAAUUCAGAGUCCAAGUUCUCCAGUGUCCAUUCAAAGCCGGUCACCGAGUGUAUUCGCAAGCCCACGAGAUAGCAACAGUCACUUGGCGUUCAUCCCAGGCGCGGCCGAGAAUCUGAUAGAGAGUGACCGGCGUUCUAUCCGCUCUACAUCAAGCUCAUUAAUGGCGGCGACUGGUAACGGGAACCCCACAACUCGCUUUGGCAACCUUUUCGGAUUGAACAGACAGCGUGGUAAAACUCUCUCCGACGAUGGGCCACCUUUAGGCUCGCUGAAAUCCUCUCAAAGCCACUCUAUGCCUAGACAGGAGCCCGGCCUGGACCCCAUCGGAACGCAGCGGAGGCGAGGUAGUUAUUCUGGUGCGUGGUUUGACGCAUUUACCCGCAACAAGCCCGUCACGGAAGACACCCAAAAUAACAAGCAGCAUAUCGCCACUCGCAAGAGGGCGUUCAACAUGUUUGGCUCCAAGGGCGAUCCGUGGCUGUCAUCAAGCUUGGGUUUGAAUCGGCCUUCAUCACCUCGACAGGGUUCCACCAAAUCUGGCGAAGUCAGCCUCCUCCCGCGGCCUUCCACUGAAAGCCAGCAGCGCUUUGGGUGGCCCGUCGAUGGAUUUGGACAGAGAAGUAGUCCGCUGGGUGCUGAUUGGAGCAUUGCUAAUACAUCGUCGUGGUCGCGACAUCCUUCGCGUCGCCCUUCGGUACAGUACAACGGCUCAACAGCGAGCCUCCUACACGAUGGCAUCCCCUUCGGCGAGGUCACCGACGAGUUCCCGAACUCGUCCAAGUCCCCGACCCAAGCUCCCAUCGGCACGCGGCCGCAGUCUUCAGCGUCUAUGAUGCCACCGCCAGUGCCGCCAACUCCGCCUAAACAGCUGAAUCCGACUGCGCCCAACUUCAAGAGUAUAUUUUCCUGGGCAGAGAAAUCAAACAAAACUGACAAAGAAGCAGUCAAGGAGGCCAAGAAGGCCGAGAAGAUUGUGGAGAAGAAGGCGAAGGCGGAGAAAGCGGCUGACAAGGCAGCUGAGAAGGCCGCACGCAAGGAAAAGGAGAAGGCGCUCGCUUUGGAGACCGCAGCUGUGGACUCUGGGAAGGAUACCUCGUCCCCGAUGGGUCCUCGCCGAUCAAGAGACAACCGGUCUAUCUCGACUGCCGCAGAUGAGUCGACGUCGUCACCUCGCGAAUCGCUCGAACGCCUCGUCUCGCAAACGCCAUCCGAGUCGCAGGCCCCGAGCAGUGUGGGAAGGGAGUCCUUCAUGACGAAGCUCGCUCGCAAGGGCAGCACCACCAAAUUCCUCCACAAGUUCACGAACGAGAAAAGCCUACUCUCCGUCAAGAAAGCCGGCGAGGUUGGCACGCCUGAUGAAACGGACGAGGAUGGUGGAAGCAGCCAUGGUGCUAUGACGAAGAGUGUUGAUUCCGUUAGCAGCAGUCCGCUGCUGGGGUCUGGAAUGAAGGAUAACAGGGGGAGUGGGCUUAGUUGGAGCUCGAUCAAGCGGAUGGGCAAAAGGGGAGACAAGACGCCGAGCUUGCAUGAGAGUAUUGCGAGUGAGGCGACGACCGGGGACGAGGAUGAGGGGUAUACGAGCCAUCAGGAGGGCUAUGUUGCGCCUUCAGCGUAG